UUGUGCAUAGCGUCUGUUUCUGUAGGGAACGUGACUUUGAGGACACCCUACAGGAUCUAAACCAAAACAGCACACAGGCUACCUAACCACCUAACAUGCUAUAGAUGUAGUACAUAUUAAAGUAUGUACAUGUGUUGCAUUAUUUCUCCUGUCCAUGCUGAAGCGUCCGUGCACAAUUAGGCUUUUGGUUGGAGAAGCUAACGCCAUCAUUCAAGCAUGAACGUUAACCAAGGUACAGUCGGGAGUGACCCGGUGAUCCUAGCCACCGCUGGCUAUGAUCACACCGUUCGGUUCUGGCAAGCUCACAGUGGAAUCUGCACCAGGACUGUACAGCAUCAGGACUCGCAGGUGAAUUCUCUUGAAGUAACACCUGACCGAAGCAUGAUCGCAGCAGCAGGUUAUCAGCACAUCCGCAUGUAUGACUUGAACUCUAACAAUCCCAACCCUGUCAUAAACUACGAUGGUGUUAGUAAGAAUAUCACUUCAGUGGGCUUUCAUGAGGAUGGCCGCUGGAUGUACACAGGAGGAGAGGACUGUAUGGCCCGCAUUUGGGACCUGAGGUCAAGAAACCUUCAGUGCCAAAGAAUCUUCCAAGUUAAUGCACCCAUCAACUGUGUGUGCUUACACCCAAACCAGGCUGAACUGAUUGUGGGGGACCAAAGUGGUGUGAUCCACAUCUGGGAUUUGAAGACGGAUCACAAUGAACAGCUCAUACCUGAGCCUGAGGUGUCAAUCAACUCUGUGCACAUAGACCCCGACGCCAGCUAUAUGGCUGCAGUCAACAGCUCGGGGAACUGUUAUGUGUGGAACCUAGCAGGGGGAAUGGGGGACGAGGUGACGCAGCUCAUUCCCAAGACCAAGAUCCCAGCACACAAACGUUAUUCCCUACGCUGCAAGUUCAGCCCUGACUCCACCCUGCUGGCCACUUGCUCAGCCGACCAGACCUGCAAGAUCUGGAGGACCUCCAACUUCUCCCUGAUGACGGAGCUCAGCAUCAAGAGCAAUAACCCGGGAGAGACCUCUCGUGGCUGGAUGUGGGACUGCGCCUUCUCUGGGGACUCGCAAUACAUCGUCACAGCGUCUUCUGACAACCUUGCACGCCUGUGGAGUGUGGAAACUGGAGAGAUCAAGAGGGAGUACAGUGGUCAUCAGAAAGCCGUCGUGUGUCUUGCCUUCAACGACAGUGUCCUUGGUUAACACACUCAUUAAGCUCUUACUUUGAGAAUAGCUAUUAACUCUGUGAAACUGCCUUGGCCUUGUCAUUACUUCAAACAUUACUUCAUGGCGCAAUAGCUGGUAUUUUUAAAUCUUAGUUCGUUAAUAUUAGAAUGAUGUUGAUGGACCAUCAUGUAAUUCAUUUCUGGGUUUGGCCACAAAAGCUAUUUAUUAACCACAUCAGUUUUUAACCAAGACAUACAUGUAAGCCUGUAACUAACUCUGCUUUUUAAAAAUCAUCCCUCUUCAUAUGAAAUAAAUAUUUACAACCACAUGAUUAAAAA